AUGCCCACCUCUGCUCGGCAGGUCAACGGCGACUGGUUCUCAAUAGCCCAGGCUUCCAGCGAACCAAAACUCCUGUGGAAGGACUCACACAUGAUGUUCUUCGUCCGCAAGAUCCAUACACUGGAGAGCACAGGGGACAUGGUGACACAGGGCUGGGGCUCACUGCCCUGGAACGGGACACACACGUCCAACGUCUGGCGUGACCAAGCCCCACCCAGCUCCGUGGAUGCUGGCCACAGCGUGAUCUUCCCGGAGGAGGUGGCCCCCUCUCGCUUCAUCUUCUGCAUCCACAACCACUGGCACGGGAAGGAGACGGUGGUGGUGAACCUCCUCAGCCGGACCCCUCCCGCAAGCUGGGACGUCAUGCAGACAUUUAAGAAUUACUGCAAAAGCCACGGGAUUAGCCCGGCCAACAUCAUCAACCUGACCCGAACCGACUGCUGCCUGCAUGCCUGA